CACUGGACUUUAGUCUAUGCAGGUCUGAAUCUGAAUCAUAAAUUUGGCAGAGUAAAGUCCAUCUAAAUGUGAUUGCUGGGUCAAAUAAGAGCAAGACGAGGCCGCAACAGUCAGAGUCACUGUUGGAAAAGAAAAACAGACUGAAGGCGGUCAAAAACUGAAGAAUGGAAUCAACAUCCUUGCUGCUAAAGUCCGUGUCCAGGCGAGUGUGGUCGCCCACCCAGAGGCCCUUCAGAGUGUGCAGUCAUGACAGGGCGAUCAAGAAGGGCGUCACUGCUGGGACCCUGGAGGAGCUGAGGGAGAAGGUCUGCCAGGCGCUGCUGCUGUGCAUGUCGGCCAUGUCCUUGGUGUGCGAGGAGGACGGAACAGAGGUCAACUCUGAGGACUUCCUCAUGUCCCUACCAGACAACACUGUGCUCAUGGCCCUGGAACCUAAACAGACAUGGAGACCUGCCAAGGGUGCAAUGCCCCUCAAACAGCUGCACAACACCAAACCUCGCACAGGAAAAGACAUUGCCCGGGUGACCUUUGACCUCUACAGGCUGAACCCCAAGGACGUUUUUGGUUCUUUGAGCGUCAAGGCCACCUUCCGAGGCCUGUAUUCUGUCAGUGCAGACUUUAAAUGCCUUGGGCCCAAGAAAGUCAUCAGAGAGGCUCUCCGCGUGGCCUCCGCCCUACUCCAGGCAGCGGGUCACAUGCUGAUCUCCUCCGCCUCCGUCAUCCGCCGCAUCAUCGAAGGAGCCGAGAUCUGGCACACCCAGAAACCCGAGGCCUCAGAGUACUGGGACUGAGACUGAAGCUUGUCAUCCAAUAACGGCCAUUUUGUUCCAACGAAAACGAACAGGGCCCUGUGUGGUUGGAUUCUCGAUAUAGAUUUGUGAUGCUGUUUGACCCAGUGUAUUGUCUAUGAGCUGAUUGCGCUGAACCACGACUACCGUGGAUGUCUGUUGAUGAAUGACCUUUGUGUAAAUGUUGUAAAUCAUCGUCAGUAAUGAGACUCAACUGAAGUUGUGUGUGUGUCUUGUGUUAGGAGCGCUUGCUGCUUUAGGCUCUGCUCCUUACAUGUGUUAAUUAGGUCAAAUUAUUUUAGUUUUGAUUGUUCUGAGUAAAUAAAUGAUAUGCUGCUAAAAGCAAAACCAGUGACACCAGUAAACCAGGACAUUUUUAAAAGAUACAUAUUUUACCUGUAAGCAAAUUGUGAUACUGUAACACUAUAAGGUACA